AUGAGGACAAACCCCAAUGUCACGAUAUUCAGACCCAUCGAAGCACUGGAUGCUGUCUUUGAGAGACAAAUUAAUCCCGUGGAACUGCCUGGUUCCUACAAUCCUGACCGCGCCAAUACGACCUAUGAGUGUCGCAUCAAGUCGCUUCCAAUCUUCACUUCCAACGUCUACGAGGUCUUGCGUCAACUGCCUAAUCUGAACGAGAAAGGGCAAGAUUUGAGCUGCGAAAGCGUCACGAUGCAGCUGUGUUUCGUUUUGGACUACACAGGAAGCAUGUCGAAGCAGAUCGAACAGGCCAAACGCAGUAGGCCUGUGGCAGCGUUUGGCGGGACAAAAAUCUUUGGCAAUGAGAGAGGAUGUAAUUUCAACCUGGGUGGAGAAUUCACAGAAAAUGCUGACCGGGUCAAAGAGUGGCUGUGCCAGGGCUUGGGAGAGGGUGGUGGAGAGCCCGAGGAACUCACCGGGGCUCUUUUGGCGGCUUCGCACCUGAAGUGGGACUCCGAUGUAAUGCUGGUGGUGGCGAUUACAGAUGCUCCAUGCCACGGAACAGCAUAUAGCAAUGCGUCGCCAGACGGCUUCUGCGAUACGGGGACUGGUCUGAGUUGCACUGGCAUACCGGAAGUCCCCCUGGAAGCUCUCAAAGCAAAACGUGUCAAGGUGGUCGUCUUACAUCCGCCUUCCAACAGUUCAGCUGUCAGCCAGAUGUGCCAGAAACUGUCGUCGAACGGUUUGAUCGGGAUAGGUGUAGAUACCAGCAUGAUAUGUGAUCGAAUGGUGUCCAUGAUCAAGGCAGAGCUGGAGCAGGUGCCACCCGGAAACUUCAGUCUGGCUGCUGGUCACGAGGCAGAGAUUGAGGAGGGUGGCAAGAAGGAGGGCGAUGAGCCCCAGGGUGACGAUCUCCCGACCCAAUGA